AUGGCAAAGUUUGUUACUGUGAGUUACGUCUACAGCCAGCACAGUGGGCUGGCAAGCACGCUGAUAACAGACUCUGAAUAUCCCCAGCGGGUUGCCAUCAAUCUAGUUGAGUCGAUCCUGGAGGAGUUUCAGUCUCAGUACACAGAAGACAGCAUUUCUCAGUCGUCAAGAGAUGGUUGCAUGGAAUUUCCGGAAUUGGAAGACAUGCUAUCGAAGUACCAGGUUGAUGAUGACGAUCAUGAUGACGAUGAUGAUGAUGGAGAGGAUGAUGAUGAUGGAGAAGAAGAUGACGAUGAUGAUGAUGAUGAGGAGGAGGAUGACGAUGAUAAUAUCAUUUUCUUUCUGUAA